UUGCAUUGUAGAGCUCAAGAAGGUGGAGAAGAAGAAAAGAUGAAAAUACGAUGUGAUGUAUGCGAGAAUGUAGAGGCAGAGGUGCUAUGUUGUGCAGAUGAGGCGGUACUGUGCAGGGAAUGCGACAGGAAGGUGCAUGCAGCUCACAAGCUGUCACAAAAUCAUGAGCGUGUCCUCCUCAAACAACCAUCAUCAUCCUCAUCUUUCUCCUCUUCAAAUGUGCAGCUCCCUCCAUGUGAUUUGUGCCAGGAGAGAAAUGGUUAUUUGUUCUGCUUGGAGGAUAGAGCAUCACUGUGCACAAACUGUGAUGUUUCAACCCACAUGGGAAGCCUCCAUGCAUCAUCACACCAACGGUUUCUGAAUUCUGGCAUCCAAGUCACUCUUCACUCUUCAAUUGACAACAACAACACAGGCUUCAAUAGCAGAAAUUCAAGCUUGCCAAUGCCAGAAACUUCUUUCAAUUUCCUUGCCGACAAUGAGAGCAGGACAGCAAUGACAAUGGAAGUUGAAGCUGGACCACAGUCCACAGAAACUAGAGCUACCUUCUCGGGUGAAACUCACUUGGCAACCGAACCUGGUUGGUCAUUGGAUGAGAUAUUUGACCCAAAUAAUUUUAAUUUCAAUGAUUUUUCAGAAGUUGGAUCAUCUAGGAUAAGCAGUCAAUAAAAUUCCAAUUUGUUGUGCA